CGCGGGUGCGGGGCUGCGCGGGCGGCGGCGGCAGCAGCAGGGUUUGCCUGGGCUGGCCGAGCAUCCUCCAACUUGGAACUGUCCACCGGCGUGAGCUCCUGAACAUGAGCCUCCUGCCUCUCUACCUGCUCGGAUUGCUCCUCAGUAGCGGGCAAGCUUUACUCCAAGUUACAAUUUCACUUAGCAAAGUUGAGCUCAGUGUGGGUGAAUCCAAGUUCUUCACGUGCACAGCCAUUGGUGAGCCUGACAGCAUAGACUGGUACAACCCCCAAGGAGAGAAGAUCGUUUCUAGUCAGAGAGUGGUUGUUCAGAAAGAAGGAGUUCGAUCACGUCUCACCAUUUACAGUGCAAACAUAGAAGAUGCCGGGAUAUAUCGGUGUCAAGCAACAGAUGCUAAAGGACAAACUCAAGAAGCUACUGUAGUUCUGGAAAUUUAUCAAAAGCUCACUUUUCGAGACAUAGUGUCUCCACAGGAGUUCAGGCAGGGAGAAGAUGCAGAAGUUGUUUGCCGUGUUACCAGUUCGCCUGCUCCCGUUGUCAGCUGGUUGUAUCGGAACGAGGAAGUCACAACUAUUGCUGACAAUCGAUUUGCAGUAUUAGCAAACAAUAACCUCCAAAUUCUUAAAAUCAAUAAAAGCGAUGAAGGAGUAUACAGAUGUGAAGGAAGAGUGGAAGCAAGAGGAGAAAUUGACUUUCGGGACAUAAUUGUUAUUGUGAAUGUUCCCCCUGCAAUUAUUCUGCUACAGAAAUCCUUCAAUGCCACUGCAGACCGAGGAGAGGCAAUAACUUUUUUCUGCAGAGCCACUGGAUCACCUCCACCUGAAAUCAGUUGGUACAGGAAUGGUAAACUUAUUGAAGCAAAUGAAAAAUAUGUGCUGAGAGGAAGCAACACAGAACUAACAAUAAGAGAUAUAAAAAACAUCGAUGCGGGUCUUUAUAUCUGUAAUGCUAAAAACAAAGCAGGAAAUGACAAAAAGCAGACAUUCCUUCAAGUUUUUGUGCAGCCUCAAAUAAUACAACUUAAAAAUGAAACCACUUUUGAGAAUGGGAAAGCAACCCUCAUCUGUGAAGCAGAAGGAGAACCUAUCCCAGAGAUUACUUGGAAAAGGGCCUCUGAUGGAAUGACUUUCUCUGAAGGUGACAAGAGCCCAGAUGGCCGUAUAGAAGUCAAAGGGCAGCAUGGAAAAUCGUCACUGCAUAUUAAAGAUGUGAAGUUGUCAGAUUCAGGGAGAUAUGACUGUGAAGCUGCAAGUAGAAUUGGUGGGCACCAAAAGAGCAUGUACCUUGAUAUUGAAUAUGCUCCAACAUUUGUGUCAAAUCAAACCAGGUAUUACUCUUGGGAAGGCAAUCCCAUCAAUAUAAGUUGUGAAGUGCUGGCAAAUCCCUCUGCCUCAGUUCAGUGGAGAAGAGGAAAAUUAGUUUUACCCAUAAAAAAUACAACACAUCUGAAGACCUACAGUACAGGAAGAAAGCUGAUUCUAGAGAUUGCUCCCACCUCUGACAGUGAUUUUGGACGAUAUAAUUGUACAGCCACAAACAGAAUAGGAACAAGAUAUCAGGAGUAUACACUUGAUCAAGCUGAUGUGCCAUCAAAUCCAUAUGGAGUACGAGUUUUAGAGCUGUCCCAAACCACUGCCAAGGUUUCGUUCAAUAAGCCAGACUCACAUGGAGGUGUUCCCAUUCAUCACUACCAAGUGGAUGUAAAAGAGGUGGCCUCAGAAACCUGGAAAAUAGUUCGCUCCCAUGGAGUUCAAACAAUGGUUGUUCUCAGCAACUUGGAACCAAAUACGACAUAUGAAAUCAAAGUAGCAGCUGUCAAUGGAAAGGGUCAAGGAGAGUAUAGCAAAAUCGAGAUCUUUCAGACCUUACCUGUCCGGGAGCCAAGUCCCCCUUCAAUUCAUGGACAACCUGAAAGUGGCAAGAGUUUUAAACUUAGCAUAACUAAACAAGAUGAUGGAGGUGCCCCCAUACUGGAAUAUAUUGUCAAAUACAGAAGUAAAGAUAAGGAAGACCAGUGGCUAGAGAAAAAAGUGCAGGGUAGUAGAGACCACAUCAUCUUAGAGCACCUUCAAUGGACCAUGGGGUACGAAGUACAAAUUACAGCUGCCAACAGACUGGGUUAUUCUGAACCAACAUUGUAUGAAUUCAGCAUGCCACCAAAGCCCAACAUUAUUACAGACACUCUUUUUAAUGGUCUUGGACUUGGUGCUGUCAUUGGCCUGGGAGUGGCAGCACUUUUAUUAAUCCUGGUUGUGACUGAUGUCAGCUGCUUCUUUGUACGACAAUGUGGAUUGCUAAUGUGCAUCACCAGGAGGAUCUGUGGGAAAAAGAGUGGUUCAAGUGGAAAAAGUAAAGAACUGGAAGAAGGAAAGGCUGCUUACUUGAAAGAUGGAUCAAAAGAGCCAAUAGUGGAAAUGAGAACAGAGGAUGAAAGAAUUACCAAUCAUGAAGAUGGGAGUCCAGUAAAUGAGCCAAAUGAGACAACUCCCCUCACAGAACCAGAGAAACUGCCACUAAAGGAGGAAAAUGGCAAAGAAGCUUUAAAUCCAGAAACCAUAGAAAUCAAAGUUGCUAAUGACAUCAUCCAGUCAAAAGAAGAUGAUAGCAAAGCAUAAUAAGAUAAACUACAGCUGUCUGGAUAAUGCAUUUGGAUUGAAGUAAUCCCGUGACCAAAACUUUACAACUGACCUUAAUUUCUUGGGAAACUUAAGCUUGGAAUAGUUAGUACGUGUGUACAUAUGAUGAAACAGUUCCUGUCUACAGUUCCUUUCUAUUUUUUUUCUUAAUGGUUUUAGUAUGUAGUUUUGCUGACACCAAGUCCCACGGUAUAAAUUUGACAAAUCUGCAGAAGAACUGUAAUUUAUUUUGUGACAAAUUAUGUCUAUUUAGAAGAAAAGUUGCAGAGCACCCUUAGCCACAAACAGCAUAUCAGGUCUCUCCAGGUCUUACAGUGCAAGCUACAUACAUAAAGUGCCAUAUGCUACUGUAUUUAUUUCCAUUUAUAAUGAAAUGAAAGUUUAUGUUGCCUUUAAAAAAAAAAAAAACACAAAAGGAAAACAAUUUCAGUAUAACCUUUAAGACCUUAGCACUGGCAGACACUCAGUAGUCAUUCCAGCUGUGAUUAUUACUUGCAGCAAACAAAAAAAACCCCACUGUUAAACACAAAGGCAAGUCCACCUGCAGUUUCACCUGGGUUCUUCAGUAAAAUGAAAAGCUGAUAACCAUGACGGUAUAUAUGGGUAUAAUUAAAGUUGGUAACUGUUUUGUAAUGGUAUAUUGGCCUCAUCCUAACUACAGCAGUGUGACUCUGAAAGGCUCCAGGAUUUUCAGUGCUUCAGGUUUUUCUAUAUCAAAGUUUUGGAGGUUACAUGUGUACAAAAAUGCAGCAAAGGUAUGGAAAGAAAACUCUUUUUUAAACAUAAUCUUUUCUUCAAAUGAAAAGUUACAAUAUUUGUCCCACCGUAUUUAUAAAUAUAGAAUAUUCAUUUUUCUCUUAGUUCAAACCAUUUAGUUAGGGGAUGAAACUGUGUUUUAGUAAAAUAGAUAAAUUUUCUUUCCAAAUCAGUACAUAAAACAUUAAAUUUAGCCUUACUGGAACAGCAGUUGUUCCUUUGUGACGUCCUUUGUGAUACCCUUUGUCUUAACACAGAAAAUGUAGGAACAGAAAGGCAGACUUUGUCUUAACAGUUAGGAACAGUAUUAAAUUAUUAACUAAUACAGCUUUAUAUUCAACCAAAUUAAUUUUUUUUCCUGUCAAGCUUUCCUUAAGAUAUUUCUUUUUAUUAUUCUGGUCAACAUGGCCCACUUUGAAAUUUGACAGAUUUAUUUGAUGCAAAAUUCAUUCAUAUUUAGUAUCAUUGAUUUAAUUAUGCCACUAAUUGCAACAAUAUAGUUCGUUUCCAUUCCAGCAUAAUGUAUCCACAUCUACCAAAGUCUUCAAAGUCUUGCUUUGAAAGAAGUAAAAAACCAUAUAGAAAACUAGAUUGAAAAAUUCUACUUGUCAGGAGUAAAUGGUAGAGUACUUGGUGGAUUUUCCACACCUAAGUCAUGCCUGAGAUUUAAGUGUAGCUUUCCUCAGCAAAUUGUUUUGUGUCCAUGCUAUAUCUGAAUUUUGCUCAUAUUUGAAGUUCUUACACUGGUUGUCUUUUGUGUAGUAAAACUGAAAGUGAAUUGCAAAAUGGUGUCCUUAAAUUUGAGGAAAAUGUCACAAUACCCUUCUUGUUAACCCAAGCUUAAGUGCAUUUGAAAGAGCUGAGGAGGAUAUAUUUAGCUCUUAGAUCUUUCUUUUUUUUUUUUUUUUUUUCAAAACCAGGUAUUUUAUGGGGGCUUUUUACAACUUUUCCUCACUUUGGGAAAUACCUGCAAUGAAGUUGUUGAGGACAGAGGCAUAACACUGGUGUGGUUAGGACAAGAAGUCAAGCUCUUACAAAACUAGUACCAAAGUGAAAAGAAUGGGUAAGAGGGGAUAGCAAUGUGGGAUGAAAGUCAUGGAAGAUAAUAAUUCAAAACUGCUGUAAAGAAGUUUCUCUUAAUCCUAAGGCACUAAUUCUGGGUGAAGAAAAGAUGAAGACAUUCCCUUAUGACCUCUCACUGUUGUUCCCACAUCCUGAGCAGGCAGUACCACCAAAUAGCUGCUUGUCAAAUUUCUGUUUUAUUUCUUUCUGAGUGCACAGUGAGCUGAACUGCCCCCUAACCUAUACUUAGGAGAACCAGUUGUCUUACUGAUAUAUAUAUAUAUAUAUAUAAAUACAUAUUCUUUCUACAAAGUAUGUAUUUGCUCUAGCAAAAUGCAAGGAAGGGACCUGGGGAAUUCCAGCAGUUGAGAACAAUGUGGUUGGUGUGGCUGAACAUCCUCUCACACAAUAUUUUUACCACGGUGAGGACAAAGGGAGGAGACAUCCUUGCUCUCCUACCAGCUAUCACAAAGUAAGGUGGUACCAUGCAUAUCCACGUGGGUCAAUCCUCCCUAGGCAAAUGGUGCUUUUCCUGAAGCCAGCCUGAUCAGCUGCACAAGAAGCUGCCUAUACAAUAUGGGCAGAAAUAACACUGUCCAGGCUCAACUGCAGAUGCAUUUCAAGUUUUAGUACUUCUUAGUUGGACUUACACAAACACACACACAAACAAAAAUCAUGGCCUAAGAUCUCUAUAUUGGUGGGGUUUUUUUUCUUUUUCUUUUUUUUUUCCCCCCCAAGUAUGGCCUCUAAUUCCAAUGUGAAGGGAUUAGAAGAUUUAAGAGACCUCUUAGUACAUUUAUUACUAAUACACCUGUGCUACUCUUUACAAGCAAAAUAUCCUGCAAAAUUAUAUAAAAAUUGGAAGUAAAAGCAUUUCUCACUAUAUUGGUUUACAAAUCAAAAGAUGUUUCCAGGAGUAUUUAAUUUCUUCUUGCUGUUAUGCCUCUUGCCAGCUGGGCUAUGUGAGGGCUGACAAUAAAACAGUUCUAUUUCCUGAUGGACUGUCCAAGCAUACCUUUUUGGUCUGUGGAUUAAUAGAUAAUCCCUUGUGCUUUGACUCUGCGCUGUGCAGGAGAAAGCCAAACUUUAUGAAAGAAUGCUGAAAAACACUGAUAUUUGAAAGUAUUUCCAAAUGAGGGACAGCUCAUAGUAAUUUGUAAGAUAUGUGUAGAACUGGAAUAACAACAUUUGUUUAUUUCCUUUUCCUAUUCUAGACUAAAAAAAAAAAAAAAAAAAAGA